AUGGCCUCCAGAGCGUUUCUCCGUUAUAACUCGAAAUCAGCUCUUGCAGAGCGGUUCCAGCAAAUCCUAGAUGAAAAAGUCACCUCGGCUCCAACUUCCCUAAUAGACCAGGACCCGAAACUUCGCCAGUUAUACGCACAGUACUCCAAAGACAGUGCAGACAAACAGUUCCAGCAAAAGUACCAGAAAGAACUAGCAUAUGUGAAAAGUGAAAAUCGUCUUCGAACAAAAGAAGCACGUGAACUUGCUGAUACGAUCACGAACCCGCCAUGGAAAGGUCAAGAGAAAGUGGAAGACACUGCUCUUCGAAUGCUAGUAGAUAGUGUUCCCAAGGCCAAAGCCAUGCCACGGCAAAAGACCAUCAUCACGCCGCCAGUGCCUCCAAAGGAACGGAUUGCCAAUGCCAGAGAGUCCAGUUUGGACUAUAAAGUGUCGAAAACGAAAACACCAGAGGAGGUGGAAAAGGAUAACUUUCGUGAAAUGUAUAAGGAACGAUUGAUGGGACCGUCGAUGUUUAUCGAUGCCACGUCGCCUAGAACGACUAUUGGCAUGAUUAGUUCGCUUGCAGAUGCACGGAUAAACGCUAAGAUCGACCAGAAAAGUGGAAAGUUCAAUGGUUCAGAUAUGGACACUGUAAGAGGGAAACCUCUAGAUAGAAAGCGAUUGGCCAACAGCACCGACACGAACUUCUUUGUGAAUGAGAUUUUGAACUCUCAGGAUUGUUUGCCGCCUUGGAUCGAUAGUCAGCAGGGCGUCGAAAGGGAAAAGCAGGUCUUUCGUCUUGAUAUGCAAAAGAAGUGGUUUACCAUUAUUAUCACCAGGUUACUGGAGAAGUAUGGCACUUUGAAAGGUGAUCUUUUACCGAAAGUGGCUCCUGGCAGUCCAGAUCUUUCCAAGGAUAUUUACUAUCCUGCUUUCCGUCGCUCAAACUAUUCAUAUAUCGUUGCCAAAGUGGCAGAUUUGAAUAGAGGUAUCCGCAACUACAACUUGCAGUGUCCGUCGACCAGCUUACAUAAAUGGAAGUUGACAGCAGAAAAAGAGAUUGAUAUGCUGUAUGAUGCAGUUGUUAAAAACAUUGCGGCGUUGGUUGAUGAGUGGGUGGAGAGACAACAGACCAUUCGUCAGAUUAGUCCAGUCGACAAGGGCGGCGGCAGCUCGAUGCUCAUACGGCUCUGGAAGCCAUUACCAAGUGAUUGA